GAGCUGAAUUGCUGAAGAAGUCUCUAGAAGGUAAUCCAGCAGGGGGGAGGGAGAGGGAGGUGGAGAGAGGGAUGCCAACUUUGCCAAGAACAAAAAGUGUUAGUACUCCUACCUGUCAUCUGUUGGGAGCAUGAGGGAGGUGAGGACUCCAUUCUGAGUAGCUGAGGAGGUGAGGAGGAGGUGAGGAGGAGGUGAGGAGGAGCGAAGACCCCAGUGGCAGCAAUAACAUGAUGAGUAUAUGGAAGUCAAAGCCAAGUGAGGUGAAAGUCAAAGUCAAAGUCAAGGUUCAGCUUAUGAAUUGGGUCAACAAGGCACAAGAGAAGACGAUACUGCAAUAGCACGGACGCAAGUCUAUAAGAUUUCGAGCUAUUCGUGUGAAACUUGCACAGGAUUCUACAACUCUCUGAAAUAAACAGAUAUCCCUCCUGCGCGCAGAGCCUCGGGACCUCACACAAAAGGAUAGUGCCCUAUAGAGGGGGUGAAAGGAGAAGCAAGGCCGUGUUCCACUGCUCCUGGCUCACCCCCUCCCACUUCCAUACUCUCUCCGCCUUUCCGCAGCUCCAUCUUCAUUUGUGGGUCAGCCAUCAGCGGCGCCAGGUGCUGAGCAUAGCUGCUUGGACGGCUGUGAGUGCAACGUCGACUUCAACUACUAGAACAAAUGAACCGGGACGCUUGGUCUGAGUCUGAAAGCCUAAUUGCGGAUCUCGGUCAAAAUUUUGUGGCGGACAGGAAGUUGACUUUGACUUUGCAUCAAGCGAAGCCCCCAACUCAUCAUCACCAUCAUCAUUCCCAUCCCGCCCGUGACGCUGCGUGUGCCGGCGUCCGGUCGGUCGAAGAAUUUUCAGUGGGUCUCAAGGUCCAGCACGACGGAGACCUCAAGCUCCUCAGGGGGUGGUGGUGGGCAGGAAACCCCCUUUUUGACCCAGGAUUUCAUCCAGUUGCGGGACCAGGGGUGCCCCCCUUGUCAUAUACUGCAGAACCUGCCCCCCGACCCCUCUACCACCUGUGGGAUGUCUUUCCUGCAACAGCUUCAUGUCUGGGGCGAGUGUCUUAAGAACAUAGCGGCUUCUGUAGGUGGCCAGGCGUUUGAUGGAUGCCAGCAGUUCUAUGCCUCAGAAGACGACCCCCAAACUUGUGUAGGUUGUGGUUGUUUCGUUGGCUUUCACCGACGACUUGAAUCGCACCUGCAGUCCUCUCCCAGCCCGUCUUCAGAGUUCGCAACUGCUCUGUCUGCUGUUCCCAACGCUCGCCACCACCCUCAGCAGCAACACCAUCCUCAUAACCAGGUCCACCAUGAGGACCAGGUUCAGGUCCAUGGAGGGGCACGGAUGGCCGGCCCUGUACAUCUGCAUAGUCCCCCCCGCCUCCUCACCGCCUCCGAUCUGCAUCUGGAUGUUGGCCUUGCGAGCUCUCUGUCCAAUUCCGUCAAUGGGUGCACGGACUUCACGCCUACGCUCGCUGCCGCCGUCUCCAGCCUCGGCUCCACUGACCAGAGCUCGCACAUGGACAUGGUUGGCAAUCCUCUCCUUCUUGGUUCUGGUCUCAGCCUCGGAUCAGAACCUACCCCUAGCCACCCUGCAAGCACCGUCACUGCUAUCGACUCCAAGCCUAACUCGCUCGGAUUCAAUCCGUCGCUUGGGCUUGGCCCAGUCCAGUCACCUGGUCAUCAUGGGCACGACUUCGCUGCGGCUGCAGCAGCAGGGCUCAGCAACAGUCCCAGACUGAGUCUGGCAGAUGGGCUGACCUUGAUGGCUUCCACCGGUCAGAGGGUAUUAUCGGGGGGGUCGUCGCAGGGUUCCCGCACGGACGACCCCUCGGACAUCAGCAAUCACUCUGCAGCAGGGAGAUUCAGCAGUUUCUGCUCGCCUGCCGCUGCAGCGGCAGCUGGGCUUGGCAAUUCGGUCGUGGAACUGGAUCUCAACGCCAAUGGCAUCAUGGGGAAGAGGAGGAGGGACAUAGGGGUGUUUGGAAAGCGCCGUUUUGGCCCCUGCCCGGGCAGCCGGGGUCGUCUACGGGACGAAUACCCGGACGUGUGGGCUGAUAUUGCACCGGAUAACAAGCUAACGGAAGAAGAGAGAGAGAACCUGAACACCACAAGUAACAAGACGCUUAGGUUCCGCUGCAGCAACGUGGCCUGCGGGAAUGUGUGGGAGGCCAAGCUGAGUGGAAUCAUCCAGAAGCUGGAGAAGAGGAGGGCCAAGCUUGGUCCCUGUGCCAACAUUGGGUCCCACUGCCCCGCCUGUGGAAAACUCAAGCGCACGGUUGGUAAGUAUGGAACACGUGGCACACUGAAGGAGAAGUACCCUGCCAUUUGGAAUGACAUAUCGGAGGACAACGAUCUGACACCGGAGGAGAAGGAUCGCAUCUCGGUCACAUGCAGCAAGCAUUACAAGUUCCGUUGUUCCCGACAUUCCUGCGGACACAAGUGGAUCGCCGCCCCGAACGCGAUCGUGCAAAAACUGGAGAGUCGGCAGCGCAUGAACACUUGUUUCCGUCCUGGUCCGGGCAUCCAUUGCCCCGCAUGUGGCAAGCUUGAGCGCGGACGAGGCAAGCUCAAGGACGAGUUCCCUAGCAUCUGGGCGGACAUAUCCCUGGACAAUGACCUUAGCAGUGGGGAGAGGGAUAAUAUCUCCACCACGAGCAACAAGCACAUUAAGCUCAAGUGCAGCCGAUCCGGGUGUGGCUACGAGUGGGUGGAGUCCCCAUGCAACACUGUGCGAAGGCUGGAGAGACGCCUGGCACUGCCCGAGCAUCUGCCCAAUCGGGACUCCCACUGCCCUGAGUGUGGGGCUCAAAGGAGAAGACCAGAGAAGUUCCGCGCUCUGGGGUCCGCAGGCAGUAGCAGCAACAGCAGUGCAUCCAAUGCGUCGGUACCGCCAAGACCACCUCCCUCUCUCCCAUCCUCUGCGCAGAUUGCAGUGGCUGCAGUUGCAGAUGCACUGCAGCAUGUUCCGGGACUCCAUCAUCAGCACCAUAGCCAGCAGCACCAACACCAGCAACAACAUCAGGACCAGCAUCAACACCAGCAUCAGCACCAGCAUCAGCACCAGCACCAGCAUCAGCACCAGCACCAGCACCAGCAUCAGCAUCAGCAUCAGCAUCAGCACCAGCACCAGCACCAGCACCAGCACCAGCAUCAGCAACAACAUCAGCAACAGCAUUUCAUGCAACUCCAUGCCAGCUGUGGGCCCCUGGACCAUAACUUCAUGGGCGAUCGCACUUUCCCAAGGCUCACGGACUGACCCUCCGGUUCAAGCAGUUCGUCACGGCCAGGCUCAGGUUGUAAUGCGUGAGAGGCAAAAACAGUUUUGUGUGCUCUUGAGGUUUGGGACAUUACUGGUUCUCCUGAGACCACAGAGGGGACUCUAGGGAGAGGGACACUGCUGGGAAGGAGUGCCAAAGAGGAACAUGCAUCCAGGGACUCCGAGGCAAUGGGAGAGAGAGGUAGGAGAGAAGACCACGGUGACCGACAUCGACAGAGAGAAUAGAGAAGCACAAAGACGAGAAGGAGAAGAGAUAGGGAGGGCAGGAAAGGCAAAGGGGAACAUAAUAUCACUUGCAGUGCAAGAAACAACACAGAUCGUGAAACUUCUGAAAGGGCCAACCCGACCAAGCUAUGUUCUUUGUACGAGUUUGUGAGGAGCAAUCUCGGUCCCCGUAUGCGGCCAAUUCCAUGGCACUUGGAUGACUUUACGUGCCGUUUCCGGCAUAAUCCGGAUUCGGGCAGCAACGGUGAACAACCCUGACAUAACGUCCGUCGCGUUCGUCGAGUCGUCGAGCGUUGCCAUUCGCAAACCGGCAUGUGGCUGUGACUCUUUUUCCAGGAGGCCAGCGCUCGCCAUAGCUCGCCUGCAGGAUUGAACUUGGAAGAAUCUGAUCAUGCGGCUUGGCAUCUCUGGCUUCUUUGUCUUCUCUGCGUGUCAAUUCGUCUUCUCAAACACGUGAGAGCUUGAUACCCUUGCUGCCUUGCAUGAGAUUAGCUUCUUCUUCAGAAUGUCCGUGGAGUCCAUGUAUUCAUUCCUUCUUCUCCGUGGUUCAAUGAUUGUCUACUGAUUUGAGAAACUCAUUCCUCAUUUAACUCUUUUAAAGAACUAUGACAGGCACUACUAACUUAACCAAGGGUUCUGACCAUGAGAACAAGCGGACUUUUACGACAGGAGGGGCCAUCACACCAUUUAACUCCGAGUAACCGGAGUUAGUACGCCGAAAUAACUGCAUUACACUCAAUUUCACUCAAACGACUGCCUUUGGAAUAGGCCGCAGCACAGUGGCCGUUAGGUGAGACCACUCCGUAUAAUACCAUGAUCUUUAUCCAGAUGCAGAUUUCAAGGAGAUGUGAAUCAUUACCAGGAAAGGCUAAGGAUAUAUCGGAUCCCCUUGUCUCAUCAGUGCAAGGCAUGCUUGAUGUCCUUGUUCUGCGAACGAGGACGGGUGUGCGAUUGGAGGUUGAUUUUUGAAAGGUAAUUGCACAAUGAUGGCCAGUCUGGCAGCCUAGCAUCUUCACCCGAACAGAAAGCCCGGUCACUUCCGCUGCAUUCGGACUGGAAAUUGCCCUAAAAUACAGCUAUAUUCACAAAGCCUUAGGGUUCUAUUUGGGUGAAGACUGUACUACUGUAGCAUUCUCUAUAGCAAAUAAAUCGUUCAUAAUGAG